CAGGCCACGCGCCGGGCGGCGGUGCGCGGGACCCCCGGGUUUCGCCUCUGCAGCCUCCGUGGACCGACUGCUGGAGGCCGUCGUCAGGGGGCGCCAAGGAGCCGGGGGGGGGACCCGGGCUCCCUCCUCCUUGAGCCCGCCUGGAGGCUGGGGCUCAGAGCAUGCAGCUGGCUGUAGUUUUCUGGAGGAGCCUUUCGAAUCUCCUAUGCAUAGAAUCAUAUCCUCUGCAAAGAAAGGAGAAGCACUCGCUGCGUGCAGAAGAGCAGAACCUACAUGGGCGUUCCCGCCUCCAGCGGUCUCAGAAAGCCUUUGCUGACGAACCGUGAAAAUGCAGAAGAUUCUGCAGACAGAUGAAAUUAGCGAUAACCAAGUUCUUAGAAAAAGAAAGAGGAAGCGGACAGAGACAGUGAACUCAGAAAAUGCAAAUAGCGCCGUGGAUAAAGUGCAGAGAGACCCAUAUUCAGGAAAUGCCUUCCUGCCUGGAGAGAGCUCCAGUGAUGAUGAGACGCCCUUGGCAGAGCUGUCCAAGGAGGAACUUUGCACCAAAAUCAAAAACCUGAAGGAAAAACUAACAAAUGUCCGGAAGGAGAACGGCCGGCUUCGACAGUCUCUGGUCAUGCUACAAGUGUUACCACAGGCAGUCACCCAGUUUGAAGAACUGGUUGGGAUGGCAGAGACCCUGCUUAAGGGCGGAGGAGCCGCGUCCACACCUGCAUCUACUCUCUGGAGAACAACAAAUAACUCCUCCCCAGAUUCGUUUGCCUCUCUGUGCAGCAAUUCCGACUCUACUUCCAGCUCCCCGAGUUCCCUGAAGGCCGAGGAAGAGCAGCACCCUGGUGAGAAGCAGUUCAAGAUUGAAAAAUGGCAGAUUGCCCGUUGUAAUAAGAGCAAGCCUCAGAAAUUUAUUAAUGAUUUAAUGCAAGUACUUUACACAAAUGAAUACAUGGCCACACACAGUCUGACUGGGGCAAAAUCCUCUACUUCAAGGGACAAAGUUGUAAAACCAGCUCUGAAUCAGAAUGAAGUUCAAGAAAUCAUAGGUGUGACGAAACAGGUGUUUCCCAGCGCAGAUGAUGUUUCAAUUAGAAGGAUGAUAGGACAAAAACUGAAUAACUGCACGAAGAAGCCGAACGUGAGCAAAAACCUUAACUCUCAGGAUAUUAAGUAGACCCUCAUGGUAUGUCUUUCCAAUAACAAACU